UGAUGACAGCAGUGAACUGCUUUGACUCAUUAAGGCUGUUGCUUCACUCUGCUACUUCAGCUGUAGGAGAAAAAAAGAUACGAUGUAUUUUUCAUCGUGUCAAAGUCGAUGGGGUGCCAAAGUCGGACAUUUUGUUGACAAAACACCAAAUUCAGAAAAUGACUAAUAACUCCCGCAUACAAAGUUCAAUCUUUUUCAUAUUUGGCAUGUACGUGAUGUAUCCCAGCUUGAACUAGACUUCAUUGAAAUAUCACCCAUUAGGCCUGGCGCCCCCUGCUGGGAGCAGGAAAUGGCCUUUUUUACGAGACAGACCCCUCCUCGAAGGAAAAAAAACCUAAUGAAAAAAAAAAUCACGGAAAAGAAAUUGGAGAAAUCAACACAGGACUCCCGAGGGCCGGUUGAGUCCUGCUUACAGGGCUAGUAUUAUUAUUUUUUUAGUAGAGGUCUGCCAAUAGGGGAUUUUCAAAGGCUGAUGCUGUUACCGAUCAAAACGAAACAGCCAAUUGCCGAUGUCCAAAGUAUACUUUUCUCAUCAACGAACUGGACGUGUUUUAUCCAUUUUCCCACGCUUAUCCGAGGUCGGGGCGCUAGAGCAGCAGCUUCAGGAGGGAAGCCCAGACUUCCCUCUCCCAAGCCACUUCAUCCAGCCCUUCUUGGGGGAUCCCAAGGCGUUCCCAGGCUAGCCGGGAGACUGUCCCCCCAGCGUGUCCUGGGUCGGCCCCGCAGCCUCCUUCCAGUGGUACAUGCCCGGAAUACCUCACCAGGGAGGCGUCCCGGAGGCAUCCUAAUCUCAUGCCCGAGCCACUUCAUCUGGCUCAUCUUGAUGCGAGCCACCUCCCGGAUGACCGAGCUUCUCACCUUAUCUCUAAGGGGGAGCCUGGACACCCUACGGAGGAAACUCAUUUUGGCCGCUUGUAUCCGGGAUCUUGUUACUUCGGUCACGACCCACAGCUCGUGGCCAUAGGUGAGGGUAGGAACGUAGAUUGACCGUUAAAUAGAGAGCUUCGCUUUUCGACUCGGCUCCCUCUUCACGACAGACCGAUGCAGAGUCUGCAUCACUGCUGACACAGCACCGAUCCGCCUGUCAAUCUCCCAUUCCAUUUUUACGUCACUCGUGAACAAGAGCCCAAGAUACUUCAACUCCUCCAUUUGGGGAAAGCCCUUAUCCCUGACCCGGAGUGGGCAUUCCACCUUUUCCCGACUGAGGAUAAUGGUCUCUGAUUUGGAGGUGCUGAUUCUCAUUCCAACUGCUUCACACUCUGCUGCGAACUUUUCCAGUGAGAGUUGAAGGUCACGGCUUGAUGAAGCCAACAACACAACAUCAUCUGCAAAAAGCAGAGAUGCAAAACUGAGGCCACCAGACAGGACCCUCUCAACACCUCGGCCGCGCCUUGAUAUUCUAUCCAUGAAAGUUAUGUACAGAACCGGUAACAUAGGGCAGCCUUGGCAGAGUCCAACCCUCACUGGAAAUGGAUCCGACUUAAAACUGGCUGCACGGACCAAACUCUGACACCGAUCAUACAGGGACCGGAUCCACCGUAUAAGGUUUUCCAAUACCCCAUACUCCUGGAGCACCCCCCACAGAACGCCUUCAAGUCCACAAAACACAUAUAGACUGGUUGGGUGAACUCCAUGACCCCCUGAGAACCCUCCCGAGGGUAUAGAGCUGAUCCACUGUUCCGCGACCCAGGACCAGAUGAAGCUUCAUGAACAUCAUGAAGACUGACAGCAACAUGUUUGUGACCACAAAUGCUUUUCAUCUCAAACAGGCACCAUAGCGAUUAUUACUAUAUGGUGCAUUUAAAUAAAGAUUUCUUACUCGAUCGUAAAAAAAAAAAAAAAAGCAAGCAGACCUGUUUCUGAAGAAUAUUACGCAUGAACAACGUAUCCCGUUUUCGCAGGUUCCGGUUAUUUUCAGUCCAGAGACUUGGUUGUGAAAAUGUACACAUCUCUGAGUGUAUGAAUAUUGCACAUUGAGGAUGAGUAUGUGGGUCUGUGUGUGGCCAAGCUUGGGUUGAAGCCCAACGACCCACUUAGUGAUUCACUGUUCCACAUCUCACACAUAUGCUUCACAAUAUGGGACUACGAAAGCCUGAUAACAUCCCAUGACUUUCCACGCAAUUCCCGUAUCAAAUUCUGGAGUAUUGUGCAGGUCAACAAGCACAAGUGCCAAAAGGAUGUGUAACCAUAUUGGUCAUUCUGGGAUUGGAUUGGAUUUUGGCUUCUUGAAAAGUAAGACUUUUCUGGUUUUGUUCUACAUUCUACAUAUUCAUUAAGGUAAUUGUUAUGUACGUCCUCAAUCUAAGUACAUUUAAGGCAGAGACUUGAGUGGAACAAUUUAUUCAGUGUGUUUCUCAUCACAUGUGCACACGACUCAUCAGAGAGGUUCUUUUUUUACUGUGAACUAUGACACAGUCUAAUCUGUUUACAGAUCCAUACAGUGGCGCCUCCAGAAAUUUUUCAUAGGGGUGGCCAGAUGGGGCCACUUAAAAUGUUGGGGUGGCCAAAACUAAAAGCCAUAAUUUUAGCUUUUCAUUAUAUUAUUGUAGUAAAAAGGUCAGGGGAAAACUAUCAGAAAGACUUAAGGACACGGCUACUGAUAUACUUUGGUGUAUUGUGUAAUAUUUAAUGUGCAUAGUCCAUAACUGUCCAGUCAACAUUUUGAGUUCCACAACAAUUGUUUUAUUGUGUUAUGUAUAUAUUAGGCAUAACGUGUAAAUUUAACUAGGGCUGUCAAACAAUUAAAAAUUUUAAUCGAGUUCAUCACAGCUUAAAAAUUAAUUAAUCGUAAUUAAUCGCAAUUCAAACUAUCUCUAAAAUAUGCCAUAUUUUUCUGUAAAUUAUUAUUGGAAUGGAAAGAAGACAUAUACAUUUAACAUACUGUACGUAAGUAUUGUAUUUGUUUAUUAUAACAAAUCCACAAGAUAGCAUUCACUUUAUUAACAUUCUUUCUGUGAAGGGGAUCCACGGAUAGAAAGACUUGUAAUUCUUAAAGGAUAAAUGUGAGUUUGUAUAUUGUGACUAAAUAUUGCCAUCUAGUGUAUUUGUUGAGCGUUCAGUAAAUGAUACUGUAGCGACUUAACUGUUCUACCCAAAUGCAUGAUGGGAAGUGGUGCAACCAUGACUGUGUUUGGUGGCUGCAAAUGCUAUAUCUUCUCUGCGUUGGGUCCUCUACAGGGUGUUAAGAAAAAGAUCAACUCCUGUCAUUCUUCCCCAUGUCGCUUCCCACAAUAUUUAUAUUGCAAAGCUUUUGCCAAUUAAAAGCACGGCCCCAAUGAAUGCUUGUAUCUACUCCACUCUGUCUCUUAUCUUUGUAUAUAAGUAAAACGGCGCCAUUGUAGGCUGUUUGCGGCAAUGCGUGAAGGAGUCGUACCGCGAAUGCGUUAAUUGCGAUAAAUAUUUUCACGUGAUUAAUUUUAAAAAAUUAAUUAGCGCCCGUUAACGUGAUACAUUUUACAGCCCUACAUUUAACAAAACAAAAUAAAUUCAUUAAUUUGGGAAGAAAUGCAAAACUGAUGCUACAACAAUCUAACGAUAUACUGGCAAGCGGGGGGGGCCAGUGGGGUGGCCAACCAAUUUAUAGGGGUGGCCGUGGCCACCCCUGACCACCCCCUGGUGGCGCCACUGGAUCCAUAGUAAUAUCUUUAUUAUCUCAUUUGGUAUUUACAAUAAGAACUGUAACUGGGUUGCAAAUCCGUAUUUUAACUUUUCUCAGGAGUAGCUUUUUCUCCUGACAGAUGACAUAAUUAAUUGUGCUAAGAAAUUGUGACCGUGUCAAAAGAUGACAACUGCACUAAUGAUGCAAUUUUACUUGUUAAAAAUGAAUUUGGGACUCAAAUUUCACUGUCUUUGAAUGACCGCUGCCAGCCCGUCCAGUUCAAAUGGAUUUGGACGUCUUUCGCCGUCAACAGCACUGAAACAUAAUUAUUCAUCAUCUAGCUACCACAGCAGAAAUUAGCCUGACACCUGACGAAUCAUCUGCACUCUGAACGUGUAUUCGCUUUUGUUUUGACAUCUACACAUUACUUCCGGUCUACCAGCUCCUGGCUGCAGCCAGACUUCAAAAAGUGUCCUUAGAAGGAAACUUUGUACCAAGUGCGACAACUUUACCUUUUUUCUCGCACCAAAUUCGUGACGAAAAACGGACUAGCACAUUUGCAUGUCGUUUCAUAAAAGACGAACACACAAUCACCGACCAAGUUAGGUGGUCACAAUUCUCCAAGAACCAGCAGAGGGAGAGCGGCGUCCCCGCGCUGCCGUGGCCGCCCACAGGCACACUGAGGCGGUUCGCAUAGCGGUGCUCUCCGGGAGACAUGGAGAUGUUACGCCGCUCGUCCGUGUUUGCCGCCGAGGUGUUCGACCGCUCACCCACUGACAAGGAGUUGGUGUCCCAAGCCAAGGCGCUUUGCCGGGACUACAUUCAAUCCAGGUUGGGCCGCGCUGGCAUAGGCUGGUCCAAGCCCGAGCAACUCUCCUCUUCGUGGGGGACGCAAGGGGACGUGUCUGCGGUGCUCUUGUGGUUGGGUGACGAGCUGGAGUAUCUUCGUCCCAGCGUUUAUCGCAACGUGGCUCGACAGCUCAACAUCACGGUCGCCUCAGAAAGCGUGGUUACGGAUGCGUUCCUGGCCGUGGCAGCAGACAUCUUUUCUACAGUUAAACUGGCUGGCGUACACAUUUUCUUUUGGGGAAGUGGAGUUGACAAUAAGAGGAACUUGUUAUCAGGUGUGACAUGGGGAAAGGUGGUGUCUUUGUACGCGGUUGCUGGCUCUCUUGCCGUGGAUUGUGUUCGCCAUGGCCACCCUGCUAUGGUCCACACCAUCGUGGACUGCAUGGGGGAGUUUGUCCGCAAAAGUCUGUCAACGUGGCUGAAACGCAGAGGAGGAUGGGUGGACCUGACCAAAUGUGUGGUGAGCACGGAGGUUGGUUUGCGUUCCCACUGGCUGGUGUUGUCUCUGUGCACCUUUGGACACUACGUCAAGGCUGGGGUGCUUUACCUCCUCAGGGACAAGUGACGGACCCCAUUUUUAAAACUGCAUUGCCCAACAUGCACUCUCAAUCACUUACAAAGUCAUAAGAGACUAUGCGUAUGCAAUAUACAUUUCAUAGAACUAAGAUAGACGUCCAAUCCUUUUUUUAAAUGCAUUGGACUUCUAUCACCGUCAAUGGCACUGAAACAUGAUUCACUGCACUUUCUGCACCUUUUUUAUUUAUUGUAUAUUGUUACAGCACAUGUUUAGUGAGAAAGUUUUUUUAAAAGCAUUUCACAAAACUGCGUAUUAAGCAUGUUUGAAAAAAUAAACUAAGUGGCCUUUCUUUUCUGUGCUGUAGUUGUAGAUUUGAUCAAACGAUAAGCACAUUUCAUUUUAUUGUGAUUUUAUACAUUAGGACACUAGCGACAGAAAUGUUUGUCAAAUAAGUCGUUAAUAAAUGACCAAUUCCUGCCAUUUGUUGUUUAAUGUAUUAGCUUAUUUAGGGAUGUGUUUUUUUUCACCAGGUUGACAAAGGGCCGUAACUGCCCAAAAUGCCAUUCCUGUAAAAGAUUCGGGGCCGGAACGGUGCUUUGAUCCCGUAUGACAACUGCCAAAACCCCAUGUAAAAAACAAAAACAAAAAAACAAACAGCGUAAUCCGUUUCCACCGAUGUUUAUUAUUUAUUCCACUGAGGUCUCCAAGCUGCAGCAGUUUAUCUGAGUCUGACGACUCAGUGAUGAGUCGAGUCGAUGUGCGCAUGCGUGCAGCAAACCACCCUGGACUCUGUUGUCUGUUCAAUUGGCUGACAGACUGACAUGUGAGCAGCAUGAAUAAUUGGCUCUGAUUGUUUCAAAUGUAAAUGCUAUCUGAAACAAGAAAAAAAGAACACGCUUGUUGAAUUAAUGCAAUAAAAUAGGGCAAUGCAGCAGAAAAUUGGUCAGACCUUUAAGAGAAAGGAAUGAGUGGAAGAGGCUUAUUUUAUGUUUGCUCUG